UUCAAAAUACAUGUAGUCAUUUGAGUGGCAGUAAAACUGCUAAUUCAAGUUGAACCAAUAUAAUGACUUUGAAAAGUUAGAAAAUCUCAAAAAAAUGAAAAUGAAAAAUCGUAAAAUGGAGAAACUGUUUUAUCCAUCAAUAAUUACUUCAAUAAUCCUGUUGAGUAUACUGAUUUUGUGUAUUUUUUUGCAUGCGUUUGUCAUUAGAAUAGUGUAUCCCAUUGAUUUGACUCCUGUUGUAAGAAUAUCAAAUGGACCUGUUCAAGGGAAAUUCAUUAAAUACGAGAAAGUUAAAGUUGCUCAUUUUUUGGGCAUUCCGUUUGCUAAACCUCCCAUUGGACCUUUAAGGUUCCAAUUACCAGUUAAGCCAGAUAAUUGGACUAGUGUCAAGCAAGUGGUCAAUUAUGGAUCACCUUGUUUACAAAGAAGCCAACAUAUUACAGUAGACCGAACUAAUGAAAACUGUUUAUUUCUCAAUGUUUAUGUAACGGAAUCAACUCUCAAAUCAUCGAAUAGUACGUUCUUAAGACCUGUUUUAUUUUGGAUUUAUGGUGGAGCUUUGACAUUCGGCUUUGGAAAUGAUUAUUAUAGUGGUAUUCCAAUAGUGCCUUUACACGAGGUUGUCCUUGUUACUCACAAUUAUCGUCUCAAUGCUUUUGGUUUCAUGCAUUUUGGUGAUAAAGAAACUAGGAUUCCACCGAACAUUGGUUUGAAAGAUCAACUUUUGGCUCUUCAAUGGGUUAAAGAAAAUAUCGAUAAAUUCGGUGGUGAUCCUGAUCAGGUGACAAUCUUCGGAGAAUCUGCAGGUGCCAUGUCAGUUUCAGCACAUAUUUUGUCACCUUUAUCCAGGGGCUUAUUCAAAAGAGCAAUACUCCAAUCAGGAACAAUUAUGUUUCCAGUUGAAGAUCCUGAUUAUUAUAUUGAAAACGGUUUCACUCUUUUGGGUCGUACCUCAUGCGCCUCAUCUACCGACUUACUGAAUUGCUUACAGAGUUUACCUGCAUCGACAAUUAUGAAUGCUCAAUCGGAUGGUCUUCUUACAUUUCGUUGGUUUUAUGGAGAUGAUUUUCUUCCUUAUAGUCCAUCGGAAGCAUUUUCAAAGGGAAUGUUUGAUAACUCACUUGAUAUCUUGCUUGGUGUGGAGCAGAAUGAAUUCGCCAUGUUUAUGGGACUCCUCAGUGCCACUCAAUUCAAUCCAAAGAUUGAUGUUACUCUGAAUUACUCACAAGCAGUGGAUUACCUUCGAUUAAUUUUCAAAGAAGAGGCAAUAGGAUAUUUCACUGAAUUAUAUUUCAAUUCAUCCAUAGAUCUUUCAUCGGCAUAUCUUUUAAAACAGCUAAUACAGGCUUACAGUGAUACUAUCAUAGUUUGUCCAACUUAUAUGUUUGGAGUUGAAUAUUGGUCAAAAGGUGGUCAAGAAACAGGCAAAGUUUAUGGCUAUUAUCAUACACAGAAGCCUAUUCCAAGUUACAAUACCAUGUGCGAUGACAGUCCGUGGACGGGUAUUUGCCAUGGUUCGGAUCUUACUUAUGUUUUUGGUCAUCCGUUGGUUGAACCAGGCUAUCCACAAAAAGAUAUUGAUUUGAGUCGGGAAAUGAUGAAAAUUUGGACUCAUUUUGCUGAAUUUGGAUACAUGCCUAGAGUGAAUGAGAAGGAAUGGAAACCAUUGAAUGAAGAUUUAUCAGCAAUGGUUUUGAACAUCGAUAACUUGGGAGAAGUUGAACGAGAACGAAUUGCAUUUUGUGUGCAACAAUGGGAUGAAUUGGUUCAAAACAAUAUCUUAAACUUUACAUAUAUUAUGAGUGCUGUAUAAAAUACUUUACAUAACUUACAAGGAAGAUUCUCAGAUCGCAAAGUCAGAUUUUUUUUCAAACUUGGUAAAUUCGUAGCUUAUUACUGAAUUAAUAAGCAUGCCCGAGUAUUUGAUUCGUAACUCAAUAGCUUUUUUCAAAAAUCAAAAUCAAAUUUAUGUUAUGGUUAUGUUUUAACAUAUGUGCCUACCUUGUGAAAUGAACUUUUUGGAUGUAAUUUUUUAUCCUGAUUCCGAA